AUGAAGACAUUCUCGACUCCAUUUGUGGUCGUGUCGGCUAUGUUGGCUGGACUCACCCAAGCCAUGGAUAAGGGGCAUCUGCCGCCCGUCGAGCGUGUCCAAGGGUUUGACUGGAAGAGCCCCUUCACACCUGGUGCCAUUGCCGAUUUUCAGUCAACCUGUGAAGCCAAGGCCCAAUUCGAGGUGCACGAGUAUACCCUCCACGACUUGAUGCAACCACCGCCAAAAGGAUUGAAACCCUGGGCCAAGGGGUUAAAAGCGGUCUUUUCCAAUAGAGAAUACCCUGGAGGGUGGCUUGGCAUGGAUCCUCACGCCGAUGGCCGCAGUCUCCUAUUGAUGAACUACGAUCAAUUCCCUCUGCUAGUUCGCGAGUGGAUAGAAGAACAGGAGCGGACCGAUGGGAAUGGCAAGGCGUUGUUUGCGGUUCUUGAUAGUCCAAAGAGUAGUGAGGAUGAGAUUGAAGAAGUUGUCCAGUUUCCCGAGGCCAACAAGAUUGAUCGCGCCAGCGACAAAGACAAGGUUGUUGUCUUUGCACCAGGCGCAUUAUAUGGUAUCCUUCCUCUGUGGGCAGCGGAAGCAAGUGAAUGCAAGGAUCGACUUGUCGACUUGUCCAAGUACGGCCCGAAGCCCUCAGAUGGCGGUGUUGUUGCUUGGGUUGAGCAUAGCAAGCCUGAAGACAAGAAGACGAAGCUUGAUAUUAAGGUCCAGGCACUGAAGAAGAAGGAAAUCAAGGGUGGUCAUGAACAAGGUGAAGCAAAGUCGGCAUCGAGGGAGGAACUGUAA